ACUUUUUCUAGCAACACCACACUCAUUCGUUGCGCAUCAUAAUUGUUUCAAGAUGUCUAAGAGAUCACCUUUCGAUCUCUCUAAAUGCGCACGACCUAAUAUUCUCAAGCUCCAGCCCUAUCGCUGUGCGCGAGAUGACUACAAAGAUGACGGGCACAACAUCCUGCUCGACGCCAACGAGAACGCCUACGGUCCCGGCCUGGCUCUGGACAGCAAUGGCAUCCACCCUCCUUCCAACUCACCCUUAGUGAAACCGCAAGUCGACUUCCUCGGCCUAAACCGUUACCCAGAUCCUCACCAGCACGACCUGAAGUCCCUCUUCUGCCAGCUGCGGAACACCCAUACACACACUUCCAAGACCCUCACACCGUCCAACCUUUUCUGCGGCGUUGGGUCUGACGAAGCCAUCGACGCGCUCCUUCGGUGUUUCUGCACGCCUGGCAAGGACAAGAUCCUCACAUGCCCACCCACGUAUGGCAUGUACGCUGUGUCCGCCGACGUCAACGACAUUGCAAUCGUACACGUGCCCUUGAACCCCGACGACAAUUUCUCCCUACAGCCCGACGCCAUCCUGUCCAAACUCUCCGAAGACCCUUCUAUAAAACUAGUCUACAUAUGCUCCCCAGGCAAUCCGACCGCUAGCUUAAUCAGUAAAUCUGACAUUCAACGAAUACUAGAGCAUCCCACAUGGAACGGCAUCGUUGUUGUGGACGAAGCGUACAUCGACUUCGCGCCCGACAACUCCAGCUUAGCCGAGUGGGUGCUUGAGUGGCCGAAUCUGGUCGUCAUGCAGACUCUCAGUAAAGCGUUCGGCCUCGCCGGGAUACGAUUGGGCGUGGCGUUCGCGGCUCCCGACAUAGCAGGGCUUUUGAACAAUAUGAAAGCGCCAUAUAACAUAUCCAGUCCAACAAGCGCCAUCGCGACUGCAGCGCUGAAGGAUCAGAGCUUAACCAUCAUGCGAAACAAUCGCGCAAAGAUACUCGAGCAAAGGGAUAGACUACUGAAGGAAUUGCCCACGAUCCCAGGCGUAGGGCGCUUCAGAGGCGGAACGGACUCGAACUUCCUACUUGUCGAGAUCUUAGACAAGCCGAGAGAGGAGGGUGGGCAACCUGAUAAUGUUACGGCACUACAUGUGUACGAGACGAUGGCUGGCCAACGUGGUGUUGUGGUCAGGUUCCGCGGAAAGGAGUAUGGGUGCAAAGGCUGUCUCAGGAUCACGGUAGGCACGGAGAAAGAAGUCGACCGGUUCCUGGAGGAGUUGAGCGCGGUGCUGCAGGAAGCGCACGGCAGAGCGAGACGAUCAACACCUUCACAAGUCAAUGGAACUGGGGCCCGCGACGGAAAUGAGGAUAAGCGGGAAGCCGAAGCCAGCGGUAUCAUCUCGUGAUUGUCUCAUCUCUUUUCUCUUGGAUAUGACUUGGGCGACUGGACGGCCUGGCCUCUAUGAGACUUUACGGCAAAAUUCAGCUUGACCGGAGGCGCUUAUGUUAGAGUCGGAAAUGUAGACGGACAACAAAGGCGAGGCCGGGAGUUGAGGCUAAUCACCAGAUUCCUCUCGGAAAAUAUCGCUAUAGAUCGCUGAUUAUGGUUUGUGGAGGCAGGCUUGUACGGUGUUGUGUCUAGACAAUUCAGUUGGACGAAGACGCUCAAAAAUUGGGAUAGAUACUAGUAUCACCGUAACUGCGUUGCCCUCAGGCUCCGGCGAAGGGAUGGUGUUGCUUGCAUACCUCUAUAGACUUGCUCUCCUGUUGUUGAACCAUGUAGUAAACGAAGC